GAAAGCAGGGGGACGACGAAGCGGCGGCGUCUGCUCGUCCGCAGCGGGAUGUGUCAUGGUUCCCUGCUAUCAAGCCCUGCCUUCAAACCAGACUAUCGUUCGCCGACUCGUUAGAUGAACGGCGAAGUAAUCCGAUGUGAAAACGUAUUUCGCCGCCGUUUUCUGCCGCUGUUAGCCCCCCCCCCCGUCGCCGUUUGUUAGCUAGCUGCGAAGCUAGCUCAAGUAAGAACCCGCUGGAAGCUCGGCCGGACCCACACCGAUGCCUCAAGAGGGAGGAGACCCGCCGCUCCCUCUGGUUCGGUCCCUGAACAGCUGGGUAACGGUUCACGCGGUCUUCUGUAACCGCAGUCCCCGUGUGGUGCAGCCGGUGUGGAUAGACUUUAGGGGAAACCCGCAGCCUUACAUGACCUUACGGCCGGGGACGGGACGUAGAAUGAUCACCUAUGUCAGUCACCCGUGGAUGUUCCGAGACGCAGAGACCGAUGAGCCGCUGAGGGUCAAUUCCAAAGAGCUGUACCUUCCGAAUCUGGCAGCGAACGGAGAGCCUGCGUUAGUCGAAAUUACCUUACCAGUUCUCAGCCUCAGAGAGCGUUCCCUCCAGGUUGUGCGGCGUCUGGUGCGUCCAGAAGACUACAGAAGACUGGAAAUUGCACGGUGUCUUCACGAGGAGCUGGAAGACCAGCCCAGUACGCUGAAAGACCUUCAGUGCAUGAAUCAGAAAAUGGAGCGGCACCUGCUGGAAACGGUGGAGGGCCAGGAGGCAUGAUGGCCCAAAAUGCUGUAGUAUAGAUAGUUUUUAUAUGACUGCUUGUGGUACUUGUAUCACAUGCCGUUUGUCAACAUUGCUAAAACAACCAGCCUCCUCCCUCCGUUAAACAUGGGAUACAUCAAACUAACUCUGUAAGAGCUUCUGUGCGGUUCUUGGAUUAGCUACACAAUACUUUGUUGUAGUGAGGGAACUAUCUAACAUGUUGUAAUGAACCUUAUACCUUUCAGCAGAACCUUUUUGUAUAUCUUAAUGAUAGUAUUUAUUACGAGUAAAAGUUCGUUAUCUCUUCAACGUGGUGAAAGAUGUCUAUUUUGGAAAUUAAAGGCACAACUGUUAAUUGCAAAAAGACCACCAGAUUACUGGGAACAUUUUUAACCGGCGUGUCAGCUGUGCCGCGUUCUGCAGCUGUCCGGGUUUAUUUUACCAGAAUUUAUUUUACUACGUGCUCUUUUGCCCGGCCCAUUGAGGAUGUUGUCACCGUGCUUGCAGUGUAUGAAUGGAUUUUCUGCUCCCAGGCAGAGCUGACACGACCAUUUACACAGAUAGUUUCCUUGGUGACUGUUCAGUAAUUGUCAGCUAGUUUGAAAGUCCCUUGCUGCAUUGAUCUAGAGAACGUUGGCUCGUGUGAGCUACCCUUUAACAGAUACCCAGUCACUCCUACUCGAAAGCAUUCUGCCUUGCUCUCUACUGGUCGGAACACAACAGGGGUUGUGUGUGUGCGACCGGUACGGUUGCAGGCUUAACUGGCAGUUUCGUGGACUUUUGCUUACUACUGACUGAGAGAAAUCCACCAGUCCAGAAGAAAACACGAGGUGCAUGUUUUGUGUCAACCUUUAUUUAAAGCGGUGCAGAUAUAUGUCGGAGGGUAGCACUGGCGAUGAGCCACUUCAUGCCGUGCUGCUUUGGCAGUGAGACAGUUCAGUAUGUCUUGCUGCCAGGUAACAUGACACGAUGCAGGUUUUAAACAGGCACAUCCUAAUUUACUCUACCUUUCAUCAGAGUGGCUCCCCCUAAAGGAUUAGGCCGGCACGUUUGUCAGUUAUGGAGAUGCGUAGGGACCAUGUUAUGUGGCCUCGUCACAAAGUUGUUCAGUUGUGUUCACAUUUAAAGAUGCAAUAAGGGUCAUAUGCUGAUCUAAAUCCUAUUUUCCAGUUGUACAAAGUAUAUUUUUAUUUGUAAUACUUAUUAAUGAAAGGUCACAGGUUAAGCAUGUCUAGCCAAUGUCUAAUUUUGUAUGAAUGCAAGUCAAAGGUGUAGAAAUGUUUUCGUUGUUAAAACAUUUUGCGUUUGCUCGGUUUUUCCACAGGCAUUGCCAGUGUUUAGGUCCUUCGUUUGCUUUUCUACUGAUGCUUCACUCCCACCAGUUUGCCUUGUCUUUCCUGGCUCAUUCCACUCUGCAGUCGACACCAAAAUAAAAACUUGAUGGAAACCUGGAGCUGGU